AGGAGGGACCUGCAGAGCCGGCCGGCUGCUACUCCUGUUUGAAAAUAAAUGAUAUGCUGCUGCUGUAGACAUCCUGGUCGGUUGUAGGAUUAGUGAUCCAUCUGCUUCAUUAGAAGAAAGGGAAAAUACAUUCCUAGAGAAAACCUGUUGGAUAGGAACCGGGAAGAUAAUCAUCUGACAAUGCAACUGACUGCGUGCGAACCCAGUGCCAUGUCUGAAGCUGUGGUGAUGGAGCUUCCUCGAGAAGGAGGCUUUCUGGGGUCAUGUGGAGCAGGAGAAAGUUCAGCUUCCCUUGAUGAUGGCAUUUUGGACACAGCAAAUGAGUCUUCAGAGGAAGAGUCCACGGGGGAGAAGGAGGAGAUGGCAGCUCCAGAUGCAGCCACCAGCAGCACUAAGUCUUCAGCAGCGCUGCAGAGCUCAGAGGCUCAACUGGCCCAGAGUCCACCGUCAGCAGAGCUCCGUCUUUGGACGACACAUCGCGACGGAGAGGUCAAACUGAGGGUCGGAGACUCUGGUGUGGCUGCCGAGGAACCUCUGACUGUCAACCAGAUGUUUGCCGCAGCUGCAGAACGUUUUGGUGAUUUCACGGCUUUGGGUUGGAAGGAGGGUGAGCAACAGAAAACCCUCACCUACAAAGAGUACUACCAGGCUUGUCGCACUGCUGCAAAGGGUUUUUUAAAGCUUGGUUUGAAGCGCUUCCACGGAGUGGGAAUUCUGGGCUUCAACUCUGCAGAGUGGUUCAUCGCCGACAUUGGAGCCAUUUUGGCAGGCGGGUUUGCUGUGGGGAUCUACACCACCAAUUCCCCUGAGGCGUGCCAAUACGUAGCAGAAAACUCCGAAGCUAACAUUAUCGUGGUGGAGAACCACAAACAGCUGCAGAAAAUCCUUCAGAUUAAAGACAGGCUGCCUCACCUGAAAGCCAUUAUCCAAUACAAAGAUGCAGUGAAAGAGAAGAGAGAGAAUCUGUACUCGUGGGAAGAAUUCAUGGAGAUCGGUCGCAAAGAACCGGACGGACCUCUGGAUGCCAUCAUCUCCAGCCAGAAGCCCAAUCAGUGCUGCACGCUCAUCUACACCUCAGGGACCACGGGCCAGCCAAAGGGGGUCAUGCUAAGUCACGACAACAUAACUUGGACCGCUCUAUCAACGGGCAAACACGUCCACCUGAAGGACGCCACCCAGUCCCAGGAGGUGGUGGUCAGCUACCUGCCGCUGAGUCACAUCGCGGCGCAGAUGGUCGACAUCUGGGUCAUCAUGAGGGUCGGAGGGGCGACCUACUUCGCUCAGCCAGACGCCCUGAAGGGAACUCUGGUGAACACUUUGAAAGAAGUGCGUCCCACUGCCUUCAUGGGCGUCCCGCGGGUUUGGGAAAAGAUGCAGGAGAGGAUGAAAUCAGUCGGAGCCAAAUCUUCAGCCGUGCGGCGGAAAGUGGCCGCCUGGGCCAAAGAUGUCGGUCUGCAGACCAAUCUGACCAAGAUGAACCAAAACGCAGCAGCCGGCCGUGCACCGUUCAGCUAUCAGGUGGCCAAAAAGCUUGUGUUUAAGAAAGUUCGUAAGGCUCUCGGUCUGGACCGCUGCACCAAAUGCUACACCGGCGCCGCGCCGAUCACCAAAGACACGCUGGAGUUCUUCCUCAGCCUGGAUAUCCCUCUGUACGAGCUGUACGGCAUGAGCGAGAGCACCGGACCCCACACCAUCUCCAAACCAGAGGCCUUCAAACUCACCAGCUGUGGUAUAGAGAUCCCUGGGUGUAAAACUAAGCUGCACAACCCUGAUGAGGAGGGAAACGGGGAGAUCUGCUUCUGGGGCCGACACGUCUUCAUGGGUUACCUCAACGCCGUCGACAAGACUCAGGAGGCCAUCGAUGAAGACGGCUGGCUGCACUCGGGUGACCUGGGCAAACACGACGACAGCGGAUUCCUCUUCAUCACCGGCAGAAUCAAAGAGCUGAUCAUCACAGCAGGAGGGGAAAACAUCCCUCCGGUUCCCAUCGAGGACGCAGUAAAGGAAGCAGUGCCGCUGAUAAGCAACGCCAUGCUGAUCGGAGACAAGAGGAAGUUCCUCUCCAUGCUGCUCACUGUCAAGUGCCAAGUGAACCCAGAGACGGGCGACCCACAGGAUGAGCUGACGCCAGAGGCCGUGGAGCUCUGCAGGAGGCUGGGCAGCAACGCCACGCGCGUCUCUGAGGUCGCGGGCGGUCGGGACCGCGCCGUCCACGCCGCCAUCCAGGAGGGGAUCAACAGAGUCAACGAGAAGGCGACAUCCAACGCCCAGCGCAUUCAGAAGUGGGUCAUUCUGGACCGGGACUUCUCUGUCGGUGGAGGCGAGCUGGGUCCCACCAUGAAGCUGAAGAGGCCCGUAGUGCUGAAGAUGUACAAAGAUCAGAUUGAAAACUUUUACAAAGAGACGGCGCCUCCAGCGAGCCAGGACAACCAGCUGCCUCCCAAAUAGACGCAGCUUUCCCAGCAGCGACCGUCAGACGGCUCCACGUCACCCCCUGCCUCAUCAGUCCACCUCCUCUUUGUUCCUUUUUCUGCCUCAGGCUGGUAUAUGUCGGGUCUUGUACAAAGAAAAGCAGAUAGCUUUAAAGUUUAAAAUAUAAAUGCAGCUAUUUGUUUGGAUCCGAUGGCUGACGGAUGGGGUUGAGCCGUUUAUGGGGGAAAUCGCACUGAAAAACUUGAGCUAAA